UACAAUUUACAGAUUGUUAUUUUCCUCGUCAACAUUAGUAAUAUCCUUUGCUCUCAUAUAAUUGAAUAUACGUUCACCGAAAUAUAAUGUCUGUGAAUGAUUUGAUCAGUCUUUCACUCGACGAAAUUAUUGCACGCGGUGGUCCCAAGUUCCGCACGAAUCGACGUCCUGGUACUGGUAUACGUGGUUUUCGCGGUGGCGUUCGUCGAAUCCCUGUAAUCACCAGUCGGCGUCCAAAAGGAAGUUUUCGUCUGAACAAUCUCAAGCGUGAUGGCAACAUGUGCAUUGUGAACAUUUCAAAUCUCGGACCAAUGGUCACCACAACAGACUUGCAGGAAUUGUUUGCAGAACAUCCUUACGAGGAUGUCGCUGUGCAGUAUGAACCAGAUGGUAACCCAUCUGGUACUGCUGUUGUGAUAUUCAAGAGAUUUGAAGAUGGUAUGAAAUUGAAAAGGCAGUUUACCGGAGUAAGAUUAGACGGAAAAGUGAUGGACUUAUUCGUGUUAACGAAGAAUGAUUUCAUGAGAGGUGUCGCACAGGGCCGGAUAACAAAAAGAGGAACGAAAGGUGGUAUUCGAUUCGGCAGUAAUAAUUUGCUGACGAAAAGAAGGCGAGGUGGCUUUGGUCGAUUGAAGAACACAACUCGGAAACCACAAGUAACAAGUGAAGAGCUGGAUCGAGAACUAGAUGCUUACAUGCGCGGCUCCAAACACCCGAAAGUUUCGGCUCCAUGAACAGGCAAAAUGUGUGUAUGCAAUGCAUAUUUAAGUUUUUUCCCUUGGAUGAUUGUUUCUGUUUACUACGAUUGGGCAUAUUUUGGUUAUAAUUUUAACAUUACUUAAGUAUUAUAUGAAAGAUCCAUAAAAUCGUCCACAUGAAAUACGUAAGAUCUCGUUUGUUUAAUUUUGUUAUUGUACCAGACGAUUUCAACUGCCAAAUUUUUAAAACUACAUGCCACAUUAAUAACACACAUUUUUUUGAAUUUUGCUACAUUUCCGUA